UAAUGUUGAAACUAAAAUGAUAUGUUCACUUUGAAUAAUUUCUGCAGCGUACUUGCUAGUAACAAACAAAGGGAAAGCUUAAGCAAUAUCUUCGUGGUUAUUAAAACAGUGGGUGCAUUUAUAAUGUCUUAGUCCUCAUAAUCAUAAGCCCUCAUUCACAAUAUAUAUAUAUGAGAUCCUCAGCUGACUUUGCAUGUUCAUUGUGACUCAACACGCGAGACAACCUGAGACCAAAGGGCAUGGAUGUUGUGCUCACAAACCAAGAUCCAUAAUGAGGCAGUAUUUAUUCAAAUGUCCAAUCACGGGAUGUUGUCAUUGGACGCACCUGUGCACAGCCUAUCACCAUGCACUAGACGAGUAGGCUAUAUAUCACGAGGUGGUUUUCCAACCCAUAGCUAGACCGUUUGAUGGUAGGGGUGGGUGGCCGCGAUCAGUUAACAUUGAUUGGAUACCCUAUGUUUCCUCAGUGUUUAUACACUGGGACGAGGAGGUGUGUCUGGCUCAGUGUAGGGCGCAGGACGUUGGAGGACAGACUACACUGACAGUGUUCUUGAUCGUGAAGUAUCGAUAAAGCAAGGGAAUUUAGGAGGGCAUUGGUCCAUAUAGUUAUAAUUCAAGACGUAAGACGAGUGAAUCAAGCCAGACAAAUCAGUUAAAACCUCAGUGACACAAGACUGCACUGCUUUGAGCGUGAGAAAUGUGACAAUCCAACACAACGAAACUAUUGUGGGGUACACCAACUUGUUAACAGACAUGCAACGCUGUUUGGGAUAUUACAAGAUUAUUGAGAAACAUGCAAGGUUGCCCUUCGUGUAAUAAUGUUAAAACAAAAUACCGGCAACACAACACCGAGAUACUGUUAAUGCACACAGAGUGGGAUCUGUAUCACGAGAUCUACCAUUUAUGACACAAGACUGCAUUGAUCUUUGCAUGACUGUGGUGUUCCAAACACACCUGUUGUGAACAUUACAGACUAUUGUCUGUACCAGAUUAUUACCGGACAUGCACGAAUGUUGUGAAUACUACAUGAGUGUUGAGAAACAUGCACAGUUGCGAUGCAUGCGAGAAGGUUAACACUUUUUACAAGAAACAAAGUACUGACAACGAAAUACUUUCAAUCCACACAGAGCGGGCACUCUAUUUUAAGAAUAGUAGAAACGAAGAAAAGAAAAGGAUCCGUGAAGAACUCAGUAAAAGACUGUCAACAUUACGCAACAGUGGUGGUGGUGUUUUGUUGGUUCAUGUAAAUGGAACAAAGCCUUGGGACAGAUGUCUGGACUACUUUGACAAGAUUGUAGGCAGAAUAGUGACUGAUCUGCUGGAAGCUGGAGAAGUCUACGCCAACACGUACAGACGUCAGUGGUUAAAGGAUAUCUUUGAGGACUGUGCAGACAGUGCUGAUUUUAUUUACAUACGCAUUGAAGAAGUCACAGGUGUUGCUACUGUAGAUUUCAAUACAAAGCUAGGCAAGGAUUAUGAAAAUGUAAAGCCCACAACACAACAACUACUCAGAGUGCGAUCACAGUCGCGCACAUCUUCUGGCCCUGUGCUUAAAGAACUACCAAAUGACCGUCAGCAGUUACAUGAAGAUAUUCACAUUCAGUUAAAAGGCUUUAAACACAAGAACACUGACGAGAUACAAACAGAUGCCACCAAAUUUGUGAAGCACCUGUGGAAUCAACUUAAAUUAAAGGAUAACUUAACUGCUAUGUCAAAGAUUCCUGAUGGUGGAUCCUACUACCUUGGAAUAGGUGAGGAGGAAACUGACCCUUAUCAAACAAUUAUUCCAGAUGUACAUGGAUUUGAGUUAAAAGUGGACGAGGACAAAUUGGAAGGAGCACUCAAGUCAAAGCUACAAGACUGUGUACUAUUGAAUCGAAGUGAGAACACGUUCACUGCUGUCCCUCCUGACCUGAUUGCUAUUAUAUUUCACAAACAUCAAACUGAACAUCACAAAGUUGUUCUGGAGGUGGCUGUGAAGUGUGUUGAAGGUGUAGUGUUCUAUGACAGUCUUGGGCCGAGAACAUACGUGAUGAAAAAAGGACAAAUUUGCAGAAUGGACAAAAAUGUAUGGUUAGAAAGAAUAAUGUAAACCUGUACAAUUUUUAGAUGCUUAAUCUGUUUUGAAAUCAUUUGAAGCAUGGAGGAUAAGAAGGCAGUCCCGAAGAUAUACGAUGACAUGUCCGGAGAGCCGGGUGAAUCCAAGACUUCUUUUGGUGACAUUCAUCGUUCAGAGGGUACACCAGGGGAAAAUCAGGAAGUCCAGAUUGCUUACGACGAAACAACUGAUGACGGCAGUUCUCUUGGAUCAAGUCCAUACCAGUCUGAUGAAGAAAUCAUAAAGAGCCUGUUUGCCCACGGAAAUGACUCCACGUCAAGUUCUGAUGACCAGGAGACCCUUCAUGCAGAUUUCCCUUCCAUGGCAAUUGACAUCGAAGAAAGCAGAUUAAUACUUGAUCAGACAACCCUCAAGAGGGCAACAGAUCCUGGUGAUAGAAUAUUUCCCCAAGCUGCUAAGAAGUAUCUGGAGCUUCCUGUUACCAGAUCGAAGGUGAUUACAGAAGAAAUCAGCAACCAACCAGUCGAAAGAAAGUCGAUCUUUUAUCAGAGAGACCUCAAGAGGGCAACAGAUCCUGAUUUCCCCUCCAUGGCAAUUGACAUCGAAGAAAGGAGAUUAAUACUUGAUCAGACAACCCUCAAGAGGGCAACAGAUCCUGGUCACACAAACAAGAAGUAUUUGAAGCUUAGUUUGCAGAACCCCGGUGACAAAGUAGAUGUGAUUUCAAGAGAAAUCCAGAAUGUUCUACGCCAACAUGUUGGUUGGGCCUAUGUUGCACAUGAAAUGGCUCAUACUGCCAAGUUUCAAUGUCGCAAACUACCUCACAUGUCCAUCUGUGACGUGGCUAUCAUUAGAGCCACACAGCCACUGCACAUCCUGACAUUUGUAGAGGACGGAGGCAAACAGGAGCACGCAGUGGAGUACAAUGCCCAGCUGACGAAAAGCAUCAUGGGUUUCAUCAAGAAGAAGACAGGUGUGUCACUUGAUGUCGUAUAUGGAGUUGUACCUGCGUCCACGUGGAAGGAUGAGAAGGUGUUCAAGGAGAAGCUAGAGCGUUUAGAAACUGUAGCCAGACGGAAGGCCUUACCUGGAUACCUCCACAUGGAUACCGAGAGAUACACAGCCAUAACCAAGGCACUGGUUGACCUUUAUAGUGAACCAGGGGUGAAGGACCAGCUUGAGAGCGAGAUAAUUAUUGAAUCCCUUGAACGUGACGGAAAAGCUCUACUCUUGGAAAAAUUUCUAAACCAAAGUGAAACAGAUUCUGGCUUCGGCCGUGAUAACAAGCAAGAAAGGGAGACAGAGACACAAGACGCAGGAGAUUCAGUUGCUGAGGAUGAGCAAUAUCGAUGGGGACCUGCAGGGGACCUUAUCUGGACGCGUGAGGAAUACCAAAGGUUGCAAAAGGAUUUUUUGGAGCCGCGGUAUAACAGUGCAGGCAAGCUAUUGAAGCUGAAGAUCCUGCUGUUUGGACCAACUGGCAUGGGUAAAUCAUCUCUUGGUAAUGGGUUUAGGACAGCACUCCUCAACAUGGAGCAUCCUUCAAAUUACCAUGCUGUGACAUCUGGCCAAGAAUCUCUUACCACUGGUUUCCAAGGAGCUCUAUACAAGAAUCACUGGAUAUAUGACAUGCCUGGUAUAUUCGAGUCACGCAGCAUCUUAUCCUCACACAUCAUCAGUAUUUUGUCAGGGGAAGUUCCAUUGCAAGCCAAGAUUGGGAAGAAUCUUGGAAUAAGGCACCAAACCUUCAACACGCCCCACGACCACCACGUCUCCUGUGUGGUUGUAGUUCUGCGACAUGAACAUGGGGACUUUGGAAUGGAAAUCCAGAGACAGCUAGAGUGCGUCCGAACAACUGUCGCCAAUGGAGACACAGCCAUCCACCUGGUCCUCACCCACCUUGAUGAGUGUGACCACCAGUUCCGUGACAGAGCCAAUCUGCCCAACCUGUACCAGUCGAGUAAAGUACAGGAAGCUGUCAGAAUGAUGUCAAAGAAGACUGGCGUACUCCCCUCGUCUAUCAGUUUCGUCAGGAACUACGUUAAUGAAACGGACGCGGAUGUGAUCUCUAAACUCCAGCAUCUCAGGGUUCUUCAGAGCAUCCUGUCCAGCUGCGUGGACCAAGAAGAGAAGAAACUCAACCAAGAGCAGCAAGAAAGAAUGUACAGUGUAAUCAGCAAACAUGAUCAGAACAGACGUACUCUCGGUCCUCCUACAUAUGGGAGUGUUAAAGCAAUGUUGGCCGUGUUACUUGUGGCCUUAAUGGUUGCAGUCAUGAUCAAACUUUGCAACCUUCCUCCUCCUGCAUAGACAUACUGAAAUGUUGUAUGCAUACUGAUUAUCUUUCAAGGUGUUGUUGUUGUUGUUACCUAACGCUGUAUGGCGUUGAUCUUACAGUGUUCGUAAGGCAAAACGUUGAAAACAUACAUGUAUUGAUGUAUAUUAAUGCUUACGUAGCGUCAUUCUUUCUUCAGUGUCAUCACAAACUGUUAUGACCUCAAUUUGAUUGUUACAAAAUGUGUAUUUCAUAUACAAUAAGUAGUUAUUCCUUCAGCAUUUAAUUCGGUGCAUAUAUAUUUAAACCGUUGGUUUAACUCUUUUCACAUUUAGAAAAUUACAAUAACCUUAUUGUGAAAGUGAUGAUGGCAUAAGUUGUAUCUAAUAUUUCCAGUAGGGAGAAUGUUUGUGUUUAUUUACUGGAUUUUCUUUCUUCAUAACUAUGAGACAAUAUGCUAGACCUGAUGCCCUAGAGUUUUUAUCCACAUGUUAACAAUUCACACCUAAUCAAUUAGUACAGUACUUCUUUAGUAAUUUGGCGGUGGGGUAGCCUAGUAAUUAAAGCGUUCUCAAGAAACACCCAAAACCAAGGUUCCAUUCCCCACAUGGGUACAAUCGGUGAGGCCCAUUUCUGGUGUCCCCCGAUGUGAUAUUGCUGGAAUAUUGGUAAAAGCUGCAUAAAUCCAUACUCACUCACUCACCCCUUGAUACCUGUGUUAGAAUCUACACCCCAGAAAGUCACUACUGAUGUAUUCAGGAAGUUGUUCCAUACAAUAUGUCACCUCAACCCGGCUCCUGCUAAGUUCAUGCUAUUAGGCCUCACAAGUGAGUAUCAAUGUGUUACUAGAGACUUCCAGUUAGUUUGUUAUAUUUGAGGGUGGGACUAUUUUUGUAUGUCUCAAAGUAUGUGCAGGUUAUCUCACCUCAUGAGAAAGAAAUCCUUUUUAAUUGCUUUUGAACACAUAUAUUUAAUAUAUGUCAAACUCCUUGCCAGAAUGAGACUGAGACAGACUGACAAAAGAAAAUGCUUUACACAGUGAAAUACAAACUAAAUAUCGGCUUUGAUUGUCUGCGUUUUUUGUCACAUUUAUGCAUCAUCGUUCUGACGACACCAUGCAGAGCAUCAUCACAAUGGCGAGGCCAUACAGAAUAGUAUCAAAGGAAAAUAAUAUAUAUAACAAUAUUUGGGUUCUCGCUUCAAGAAGUGAAAUAGAUUUGUGUUAUCCCAUCAAAUCCAUUGUCAUAUGUUUGGCUUACACGCUGUGCAAGGAGAAUAAAGUAAACUAACAUUAUUGAGAAAAGGAAAA